AUGUUCGCCGUGAGCGCCACCAGGGUCGUCGUGAACGCCGCGAACGCGCGCACGCAGCGCGUGCAGGGGAAGAAACGAGCGAGCCAGCCCGGGCAAAAGAAGAGCUUCCUCGAUUGGUUGCUCGAAAAGUCCGUGCGUGACUCGAGCGUCAUCGGCGCGGGGUACGAAGAUGAUCUCAAGAGCGGCCAGUACAAGCCCAAGGGGGGGUUGAACAUCUCCGAGGGCGGCUCGUUUAAGAUUUGA